CUAUUGAUACAUAUCAUUAUUUUAACUUCCGGUUAGAGACAUUUGUUGUGCUUGGGUUUGCGAAUUGUGUUUAAUGUAGGCAAGCAAUGUUAAUGCUGAUUUGUGGACAUUUUUGAAAUCUUCCGCACCAGACGUAAAUAACUUGCGCUGUAUAUGUUUUAUAUACUGACAUUUCUAGAAAGAUGCCAAAUGAAUACUAGGAAAACCUCCUGAUCUGCCAUCUCGAUCAAGUAGUAAAACCAGUGGAAAUUGAGCUGCAUAUUUGAUUAUCCUUUGAGGUAUUUUGUAUAUAAAGAUAGAGGCGACAUUUCGUCGCAGUUUUAUUGGAGUAACUGAGGAGUUAAUGUGAAUAUCAUUUAAAUGUUCAAAAAUUUAACUAUGUGGCAUGAAGCAAGAAAACAGGAGAGGAAGAUACGGGAUUUGAUUGUCGACUACAAAAAAAGAGCAGAACGAAGGAGAGAUUUCUACGAAAAGAUUAAAGCAGAUCCUACGCAGUUCCUUCAGCUACAUGGACGGCCAGUCAAGAUACAUUUGGAUCCUGCAGUUGCCAUCGCAGGAGACAGCCCGGCAAACAUGAUGCCGUGGCAAGGAAGACAGGAUGUGUUGAUAGACAGAUUUGAUGUACGUGCCCAUCUGGAUAUCAUCCCAGAGUAUCCAUCACGGACAGAACCGCCACCACCAGAGGAGUUGUCAAGGGAAGAGAGGCUUAUAAAUUAUGAGCGGUAUCGCAUCAUUGUCCAAAAUGAUUUUCUUGGAAUUGAAGAAGAAAAGUUUCUGCACCAAUUAUAUCUCGAGGAACAGUUUGGCCCCAUCUCACGACCCGAUGAGUCCACACCGCCACCCGGGGAGAAAGAUGGCAAGAAGAAGCGUGAAAAGGGGGCGGCUAUUCCGUACUCGUACGACAGCUCCACCUCACAGCAGGCUGCGCCAGCAACUGUUACACAGGAAACUGCAACAGCAUCUCGUGCUGCUGACACCGAAAAGCCCGAAGAAGAGGAAGAAGAAGACAGUGAUGUAGAUUUUGAUCUGUGUGUGGACGUCAGUCAAAUUGGCCCGCAGCAGGCACACGAGCUCAACGUGUGCGGUGCCGCAUAUGGUAUGAAUGGGAACGAUUUCUUCUCUUUUCUCAACCAGGACAUUGAAGAAAAGGAGUCUCUGAGACUGGCACGUGAGCAAGAGGAGGAAAAGGCCAUGUACUCGGGAAGAAAAUCUCGGCGUGAAAGGAGGGCAUUCAGAGAAAGACGUCUACAGGGCAGGAAAAUCAGCCCCCCAAGCUACGCAGCUCGCACGAGCCCAACUUACGACCCUUACCGCGUGUCUACUUCAAAGUCGCGCUCUCGCUCGCGCUCACCGGUAAAUACAGGUCAGAUAACGUACAUCACCAGUUUCGGAGGGGAAGAGGAAGAGGAACAGACACACCCUACAGCAGUCCCCGGACCCGUGAACGUGAGGUCCUAUGGAGGUGCCGACUCGUCUUACCACCACAGCAGCAAUGCCUCAGUGUGUUCUGCCACGGCGGGGUCGUCUGCCGGCAGUCAGAGCAGCAGCAGUCGACGAAACCGAUCUCGUUCACCACGUUCAUCUGGCUGGCGGAGACGAAGAGACCGUUCUCCUUCAUCGAGCAGCCGAAGCAGCCAGCGCAGGCGAUCUGGAAUGUCACCAUCUGGCUAUAGGAACAGAUCUCAUUCUCGGGAACGAGAUCGCGGCAGGAGGGGACGUUCACCCUACGGCAGUGACCGACGUUCCAGAUCGAGGCGAACUCACCGCAGCUCGAGCAGUGAUCGAUCUCCCCCACCGUCGGGGCGCCACCAGGUUGGCGGCUUCAGUGCGACUGAUGGCUCUAAAAACAACGGUCAGCAACAACAGUUACCGCAAGGCCAUCCUGUCAACAACAACCAGCCACCAGUAGCUAACAGUACCGCAGUGCCGGCCACAGCUGGUGGUUCACAGACGCCUCGCAGGUCGACUUCCCCCACUGUCGCCAAACCACCUCCUCCACCUAUUCGUAGGUAUUAUGGAAGAAGAGGAAAGUCCUCUUCAUCUGAAUUGGAAGAUUCUGAAACUGAAGAGAAGAAGGAACCAUCUCCACCAAAAGUUGUGAAACCAGUGCCACCUCCCAAGAUAAUGAAUACAGGGUUUGGUAAUUCUGGUGCCGGAACCAAACCUGCUUCAAAACUUACACCACAGGAGCGGCUUAAGAAGAAGAUGCAAGCUCUGUUGAACAGACAGUAUAAAGCUGAUAAGAGAGCAGAGCGCAUGAGGCACGAGAAGAUGGAACAAGAGAGGCAAGAUAGAGAGGAUGAACUGCGAGAAAUGGCCAUUAAAUUGCGAAGAAGGGAGAGAGAACGCAGACACCGCAUGAAAGAGGGUGACGAGGAUGACGAGACAUGGGACGACGACAGCCACUUGAGUGUUUCAUCACUGGAGUCGUACAGUCCGUCUCAGAGCCCAUCCCCGCCACCAGAGAAGGAGAGGCGGCCAGAACCGCCACCACCACAGCAACAGCAGCCUCCCAGGCCGUACCCCCCACCGCUGCUGGGACAACAGAUCCUGCCGCCACCGCGGCCGCACAGGAAUCGGUGGUCACGAUCGAGUGAUGAUGAAGAUUGUGGUGGUAACUACCGGAGGGGCUACAGCAGUAGCAGCCACUCCUCAUAUCACCAUAGGCAGAGAUCCGACGAUAGGAGAGGUAGUAGUCGGAGAGACAGUAGGCGUAGCAGGAGCCCACCACAGAGAAGACCAUAUCCGAGGCCACUGGUUGACUAUUGAAACAUCCGUGUACAGAAAUAGCUCAAUACAGAGUUUCUUCCCUGGCAACUUCUAAUCACCAACACUCUUUCAUUCAUUAAGGAAGAAAUUAAAAGCCUUUUUCCCGAUGAAAACUCUGGAAGAAAGACAUGUUUACUGCAUUGGCUAUGAUUUAUUUUGUGUGCUUUGAUGUUUCGACUGUGUAGCCAUUCUCAAAGGCAAUAUUUAGUCAAUUAAUUACAGAUAUUUUGUGUUCCAGUCUGUGGUUUGCUGGGCUUUAAAAUAGUAGCAAUUAUGUUUGGUAUGGUACAAACAGUAGUUUGUGGUUUAUACUGUACUGAAGAUCGUACCUACUGUUUUCAUGUCCUGCCAACCAAGAACUGCCAAUGAAAAUGGCAGGAACCCAAAACAUUGUAAUUAGCAUGUUAAACUUGAGAAUGGCUACACAGCUGAAACAUCACAGUACGCAAAAUAAAAUGGGAAUAAAUGACAACUGAAGCAGGAAACUUACUUAUUUCAAGAAGUUUAUCACAGUUGUGGAUCCUGUUGGACCUAAAUAUUUGAAGGAUGUUCAGUUGUAAUUUUAAUUCUGCAUUAUUGGCAGCAUUUUGAUUUUGUUUGGUUAUGGGAAAAACAAUUGGUGGCUUCCUUGGCAUAUGUACUCCCAUCUGCAGAACAAUGUCAAUCUUACCCAGUAACCCUUACGUUAUUACUACUCCAGUAUUGCAGCUAAGUGCUUAAACCCAAGGAAGUGUCUACUGCCGAGAUGUUCAACGAAGUGUGUUGUUUCUUUCUCCGGUAGUCUAUUUGUGGAGAGUGAAUUUCAAAUAUUUAUAAAAAAAAAUUGAUGAACAGAUUACAUUUCUUCUAAUAAAUACCCUUCCAUUUUGUAAAUAAAAAAAUAGUGACUUACUCAUUAUUUGUAUUUUGUAAACCUUUUUUCACUGAAGCAUGUAUUGUAAUUAAAGUUGUUGGAGUAAAGCUUUUUGAUAAAACUCUUUCAUUACAUUUAGUUUAUCCAUUUCCACAUUUUUAAGAAUCCUCCAUAAGUAAUCUGAUUCUCAUUUUAGAUGCCUUUAAAUACUACAUUAUUCGAUAGUAGUGAUCAUUAUUGUGCAGGAACAGAUAUAAUAUAAUAACGCUCUCAUCAGAAAAUGUGUGGUAGCCUGAGUUGUUUUAUAUCGUUUUGUGUUGCUAUCCAUCUCGGGAGGUGACUAUUCAUUAACAAUAAAUUAUUGCUCUUGGGUCACCUUUUCUGCUUUAAAGUUAUUAGAUAUUCAAUUUUUGAAAAGACUCUGCUUUGAAACUGACUGCAAAUAAAAAAAGUAUAAAUAAAUAAUUUGUGAUUGAAAAUAUGGAUGAUGAUG